GAAGAAGACCUCAUGGCGGCGCAAGCCACGCGCAUUAAAGGCGCCGCGCAGCCAGGCGAAGCUGGGGAAGAAGAGGAAGAAGAGGCCGAGGCAGAGACGCCAGAGGACGCGACCGCCAAGGCGCAGCGAAUCGCCCGCGCGGAACAGAUGUCCCAGCUGUCCAAAGAAGUCUGGGGCGGGUCGGCCGCGUCCCGCGAGGGCGACCCGAACUUCGCCCAACACUACGCCGACAUGGCGGCCAAGCCGGCCGUGGAAGACCACGACGAGCUAGAGGAGGCGGCCAAGGCCUCCCGUGCCAAGGGGGAGAAAGCCAGCAAGGGAG